AUGACCAAGGCGGCGCGGCGAGAGAACCAGACUGUGAGGAAGAAGUCUCAGCCCAAGCUGUCCCUCUCCUUGAGCAGCGCUGGGGAAGGCCUGACUCGGAGCCUCCACACACCCGGCACGCCAGCGGCACGCCAGCGGCAACCAGUCACCCCACCCAUGAACUCCUCCUCCUCCUUCCACAGCAGUACCCCAACAGACAGCAACGAGUCCUGGACCAUGGAGAGCGCCAUCAGUUCUGAGUCCAUCCUCGGCUCCAUGGGCAUGAACGGGGUAGACGAGAAGCCAUUCGCCUGCCCCGUGCCGGGCUACAACAAGAGAUACAAGAAUGUGAAUGGGAUCAAGUACCACGCGAAGAACGGCCACAGGAACCAGAUCAGGGCACGCAAGCCUUUCAAGUGCCACUGUGGGAAGAACAAUAAGGCGUCUCAGGGCCUCCGGCAUCACACCAUCCACUUCCACCCGCCGCUCUCAGCUGACAACAUCUGCAAGAUGUAG